AUGGCAGCCAAGGUCUUAGGCAUAAGCUCACAGGGUUUUGUUUCUUCCUUUCUUGCUUUCCAAGGAGUCCAAGUGAACCUGGGAUCAUGCAUUACCCUCAAUGUCCUGAGAGUCGUGGAUCUGAAGUACUGCAGUGGCAAUGGCAAUGGACAAUCUCAGCAGAUUCCCGGCGACAUCGGCAACCACACGUCACAGCAGGUCAUCAUUGCUGGCCAGUCCCAAAUUGUGACCAUCAACAGGCAAUGGCAGGUGGCAAUCAUUGAGAAAACCACCGGCAGCGGGUCCUGGAAAACCAUCUGGAACUACAACACGGGUGUCAUUGCAACCAGAGUCAUGCAACAGAACGCCUGCUACAUUUCCAUCAUGAACAGAAAUGAGAUGCCCAGCUUCAAUAAUCUGGCCCGCCUGGCACAGGAGAGCAGGAACCAGAUUGGUCUUGGAAGGCCUACCAAGAAGAUCACCUUUGUUGCCAAUGGACUGGUCAACAACCUCAGUUCUUACGGAGCAGACAUCUUCUCUAUGUGCAGUGGACUCACCACCUACAUGGCUUACGAAGUUCACGGAGUCCAAGUGAACCUGGGAUCAUGCAUUACCCUCAAUGUCCUGAGAGUCGUGGAUCUGAAGUACUGCAGUGGCAAUGGCAAUGGACAAUCUCAGCAGAUUCCCGGCGACAUCGGCAACCACACGUCACAGCAGGUCAUCAUUGCUGGCCAGUCCCAAAUUGUGACCAUCAACAGGCAAUGGCAGGUGGCAAUCAUUGAGAAAACCACCGGCAGCGGGUCCUGGAAAACCAUCUGGAACUACAACACGGGUGUCAUUGCAACCAGAGUCACGCAACAGAACGCCUGCUACAUUUCCAUCAUGAACAGAAAUGAGAUGCCCAGCUUCAAUAAUCUGGCCCGCCUGGCACAGGAGAGCAGGGUAAGACUCCCAAGGAGAGAGCCUACCAAGAAGAUCACCUUUGUUGCCAAUGGACUGGUCAACAACCUCAGUUCUUACGGAGCAGACAUCUUCUCUAUGUGCAGUGGAGUCACCACCUACAUGGCUUACGAAGUUCACGGUGAGUGCAAGCAUUGGCAGUUCCGCCUCAAAGUCACCUGGCCUUAGUUUCCCGUGGGGAAUGACGGACGCACAA